AUGGAUGAUAUACAAGAAGAAGUUGAGUUCUGGAAAUCGUCUAUUGUAUGCUACGCUUUGGGGGCAAAUCCACCACUAUCGAUACUGGAAGGAUUUGCUCGUAGGAUGUGGAAUGACAAGAUUGACAAGGUAGGAAUGCUGUCUUAUGGUGUUUUCUUAAUUCGGUCCAUAUCCAUUGCAGAUCGGGAUGAAGUACUUAGAGGUGGUUAUGUCUUUUUUAACAAAAGGCCGGUAGUCAUGAAGGCUUGGGAUCCUGCGAUUAAUUUCAAAAAGGAGGAUAUUAGGCUGGUGCCGAUUUGGGUACAUUUAGAUGAUCUUGAUUUGAAAUACUGGGGGGAGAAAUCUUUGUUCAAGAUCAUAGGACAGGUAGGGACUCCCAUAAUGGUGGAUGAAGUGACUAAAUUCAGGGAUAAACUCAGUUUUCCUAGAGUUUUAAUUGAAGUCUCACUGAAACAAGAUUUUCCGGACAUAAUAUACUUUGAAGAUGAGAAUGGCUUUAACACCUCAGUUUCGGUUACAUAUGAAUGGAAGCCAAUUGUGUGUAAUCAUUGUUCUGGUUUGGGCCAUUCCAUGGCUGAAUGCAGGAAAAAAGAAGGAAGGAAACAAGAAUGGGUAAUCAAAGAUAAUGGGAAACAGAAGGUUGCAGCUGAAUCUAGCAAAGCCACUAAGCUUGAUGAUGAUGGUUUUCAACCAGUUACUAAAGGAUGGAAACCAAAAGAUCCGGCUCCAGCAAUGACUGUCAUGGACAAUCCUUUUCAGGCUUUAGCAGAAACAUUAACAGAACCUCCAACAUCAGCUACUGGACAGGGAGAUCAGCUUGAGAAAUGCCAAAGACAGACUUUAGAUGGGGACGACACAGGAGGAGGGGGAGGACCUCCUCUUUCAUAUGGAUAA